UGGGGGGCAGGAAUCCAACCAGUUCUUAUUCAAAUCACCACAUCACCUGCAGCCUCCAAUCACCUGCUGUGUGGGCGGGGCCACAGAGUAUAAGUGUCCCAGGUGAGCAGCAGGUGAAGCCACGGAGCAGUAGCAGCAUGGAGCCCUUUGGUCUGUCCCCCCCCCCAGCGUGUGGACGCUGCCUCCCCCAGCAGGAGCUUCCCUCUCUGGGUCUGGAUCUGUCUGACUUCAGCCUGUACAGCCCCCCAGCUCCACCCGGCUGCAGCUCAUCCCCGUGGUUCCAGCCGUGCAUCGGAGGCCCGGACCAGAACCUCCAGACGGGGGCCCCCCCAGGCCUCCCCCCGGGCCUCCCCCCGGGCCUCCCCCCAGGCCUCCCCCCGGGCCUCCCCCCAGCCUUCAGAGACCUCCUCCUCCACGGCCUCCAGGGCUCGUUGCUGUUCAGCGGCCCCUGGUUCUCCAUGUCCCCCACGGACGACGUCCUGAGCCUGGUCCGGCCCCCGUACUCGUACUCCGCCCUCAUCGCCAUGGCGAUCCAGAGCUCGCCGCAUCAGCGUCUGACCCUGAGUCAGAUCUACCGCUACGUCUCCGACAACUUCCCCUUCUACAGCCGCAGCAAAGCCGGCUGGCAGAACUCCAUCCGACACAACCUGUCCCUCAACGACUGCUUCCGCAAAGUCCCGCGGGACCAGAAGGACCCAGGUAAAGGAAACUACUGGACCGUGGAUCCAAACUGUGAGAAGAUGUUUGAUAACGGGAACUUCCGUAGGAAGAGGAAGAGGAAGGCCGACAGCGAGAAGCCUCCCUCCUCCUCCUCCUCCUCCUCCUCCUCCUCCUCCUCCUCCUCCAAACGUCCCAUCAUGCACUGCAGCAGUGACACUGACCUUCCUCCUCUUCUCUCGGAUGCUGAAAGCUUCCUGUGUCACCUCCAGGACUCCUUCCUCCCCCCUGCUCCUCCUCCUCCUCAGUCCAGGGUGCAGGCUCUGCAGCAUGAGGAGGUGCAGGAGGAGCGUCUCCUCUCUGGGCUCUUCUCUGACCCUCUGCUCCUCCUCUGA